AUGGGAUCCUUGCCUGAAACCCUCGAGGUCGAUGCUCUCGUCGUCGGUGCCGGAGUUGGAGGCAUCUACUCGACCUACAAGCUUACUAAGGCGGGGCUUAACAUACAAUGUAUUGACAUGGCUAGUGAUGUCGGUGGUACGUGGUUCUGGAACACCUAUCCUGGCGCCAUGAGUGACACAGAAACCUACCUGUAUCGUUAUUCGUGGGACAAGGAAGAUCUACGAACUUACCCAUGGUCGCAACAUUAUGUCUACCAGCCUGAGAUUCUCAACUACCUGCGACACGUCGUAAAGAAACACGAUCUUCGGAAAUGCAUGCGCUUUUCGACCGAGAUGGAGUCAGCGUCUUGGGAUGACAAAGACGGCAAAUGGAUCAUCUCAUGCUCAGGCGAUCUGGUCAUCAAGACCCGCUACUUGGUGAACUGCCUGGGGCUCCUGUCGAAGCCCAACUACCCUGACAUCCCCGGUAUCUCUUCCUUUGCCGGCGACAUCGUCCACACAGCGAAGUGGGAUGACAAAUUGAAGUUGGAGGGGCGAAGAGUCGGUAUUAUCGGCAAUGGGUCAACGGGUGUUCAGGUCAUGACGGCGAUAGCUCCCAAGGUUGGUCGUCUUGUCUCGUUCCAACGCCAUCCACAAUAUUCGGUCCCUAGUGGCCAAGGCCAGAUUCCUGACGGAUACCGUGAAAAGAUUAACGAAAACUACGAUGAGAUCUGGCGAGACGUAUGGUCCUCAUCAACCGCUUUCGGUGUACCUGAGAGCACGCGGAAGACAAUGGAGGUCACACCUGAAGAACGUCGUCAAGCGUUCCAGGAAGUCUGGGAUAAGGGCAACGGCUUCCGCUUCAUGUUCAGUGCUUUUGGCGACAUCACGACAAACCUCGACGCGAACGAGGAAGCGUGCAACUUCAUCCGCAGCAAGAUUGACGAAAUUGUCAAGGAUCCCAAGAAGGCCAAGGCGCUGAAGCCAUGCGAUCUUUACGCCCGACGGCCUCUUUGCGACUCAGGUUAUUAUCAAAUCUUCAACCGCGACAACGUGGAUAUCGUGGAUCUUCGAGAGACACCUAUUCAAGAAAUUGUACCGGAGGGUAUCAAGACCAAGGACGGCGAAGUGCAUAAACUCGACGCCUUGAUCUUUGCCACCGGCUUCGACGCAAUUGAAGGCAAUUACCUGCGUAUCAAGAUAACAGGGCGAAACGGAAGGUCUAUCAAGAAACACUGGGAGAAUGGCUCAACAGCCUAUGGCGCAAUCGCGUGCUCUGGCUUCCCCAACAUGUUCAUCGUGUCUGGGCCACAGGGAGCGUUUGCUAAUUUCCCCGUUGUCAUUGAAAGCGAGAUUGACCUUAUCACCGAGUGCAUUCUACAUGCUGAGAAGAACAAGCAGAAUCACGUCAUGGAGGUUUCACACAAAGCGGAGCAGCAGUGGAGCGAUCUCUGUGAUCAGCUGGUAGAGGGCUCACUGUUCAAGACAACUGCCAGCUGGAUCUUUGGGGCGAAUGUUGAGGGGCGCAAGUCAAGUACAAAGUUUUACUUUGGCGGUCUCAAUCGCUACCGGGAGUGGGCACAGAAGGAGAUUAAGGAAGGGUUUCCCGGUUUUGCUGGUUCUUGA